AUGAUCACUCCCGCCCCCUUACGCCAGCAGCCUCGUCUUGCUCCUCCAAGCACCGCCCAGGUUCCUUCACGCUACAUGCAACUCAGCUCGCCAGCUCAGUUCUGGAAACUAGCCGACAUAGGCAACACUCCUGCCAGACCAAUGCCGGACAUCAGCCCGCUUAAGCCCUCCAUCGGCACCUCUGAGUCCAGUCGCUGGAAGACCCUCAACCCCAUCCCAAGUAGCAGUCCACCACCAGCGAAUCUAGGCAGCCCAACUAAACCGCCUACUUCUUCCCUUAGGAGUCGCGGUGGUGUCUCUCCUCUGGGACGAGAUGUGCGUGAGCGUGAGAGCAGCACUAUCAAGCGUCACCAGGAUAGCUGGGAUGAAGAUGAUGAUGACAAUGAUGGUGAUGACACUGGCUUUGAUCUUGCUAGGGGAUUCCAACCUAUUGGUUCAUUCCACAGACAAAUUAACAAUGCUGCUAGAGCUAGCUAG